CUGCCGGUCUUACAGCAGACAAAGUAAACGGACUACAUCCAUGACUUGGCCAUCCAAGGUUUAUUCAUCUGAGUUUUUAUCCCACACUCUUUUUUAUACGCUGGCUCUAGCGUCUUUCAAAGCAGUGAAGUACAAUGCCGUUGUUCAAAGACGAUGAAGUUGCGAAUCAACCUAUAUUGGCUAGAAGCGGCAAUACCAAAUCAUAUCAGGCUGUGGACCUUCCCACAGACAACACACACACUGACGAAUCGGACGUAGAAUCAGUUUACGAAAGCAAUGAAGACAUUAUUACCAAAAGGUUGAAUGGAGCCAAAAGGAUCAACGUUUUGCUCGGUUUAUGGACAGGUGUUCUCCUGGCUGCUUUAGACACCAGCAUUGUAGCUGUAGUAAUGAGCCAGAUCGGCAGCGAAUUCCAACGUUCCAACCAAAUCGUAUUGAUCGCAACCGCAUACCUUUUGAGUUACACUGCGUUACAGCCAUUGUAUGGUAGAAUAUCCGAUAUCUUCGGCCGCAAAACUGCGUAUAUGUUCGCACAAGGUGCUUUUCUCAUUGGCUCCUUGCUUUGUGGUAUUGCACCAAAUCUCAACUUUCUCGUCGUUGCCAGAGUCAUUGCAGGCAUUGGUGGUGGUGGUUUAAACACGAUGAGCAGUGUGAUCACAAGCGAUCUUGUGACACUGAGGGAACGUGGUGUUUACCAGGGAUAUGCUAAUACCGCAUUUGCUGUUGGUGGCAGUUUGGGAGCACCUCUAGGUGGCUGGAUCACUGAGAGAUUUGGCUGGAGAUAUUGCUUUUACCUUAACAUCCCUGUGCUCCUACUUGCGCUUUUGCUUACCAGGCCUUUGAAAAACUACAACCUGGAAGCUGAGGAGGAUGGAUCGUAUCAUAUCACCGACAAAUUGAAGAAAGUCGAUUAUGGCGGCGCGCUCACUUUGGUGACUGCCAUCAUUUGUAUUAUCCUUGCAACCUCCUAUGGUGGCAAUACUCUGGCUUGGAGUCACCCGUUAAUUAUCACAGGAUUAGUUGGCUUUGGUGUCAUGCUACUUUGCUUUAUUGCAGUUGAAACUUUCGUUGCAAAACUGCCUGUUCUUCCCAUGCGGUUAAUGAUUCAGCGUAAUCCUCUUGUCUGUUCCUUUUGCAAUUUCUUCUCCAUGAUGGCUUCCACCUCUAUGGUCUACUUUUCUCCAUUGUUCUUUGUAGCAAUCAUGGGCUUCUCCGCUUCCAAAGCAGGACUUUGGGUAUCAGCCAGAGUCAUAGGCGUAUCCAUAGGCUCCAUGUCUGCUGGCCGAUAUAUGUCAAGCACAGGCAGAUUCAAAUCUUAUAUGGUUGGAACCUAUUUUCUACUUACCGUGGCCAUGUUUGGUAUUUCUACAUGGAUACCAUCUACUCCUCCUUGGAUGCAGAUAGGCGCCAUGUUACUCGAUGGUUUCUCUGCUGGAGGAGGUUUGACCUCUUCUCUCGUUGCUAUGCUGUCUUCCGUUGAAUCUCAAGACAUCGCAACGAUCUCCAGUAUAUCUUACCUCUUCCGCUCCACUGGCGGAGUCAUUGGUCUGUCCUUGGUAUCCACUGUCUUCCAAGGAAAGCUGAAAGAAUACCUGGAACAAACCAUCACUGGACCUGAUGCCAAAGAAAUCAUAGACUUGGUUCGUCGAGAAACAUCUGCUAUCCAUACCUUACCCGAGGAGAUUCGAGUGGUGGUUAUCUCAUGCUUCCAAAGAGCUCUGAAAUUAAGCUAUUCCCUCACCGUCGGCUUUGCGCUUCUCGCCUUUAUUUUUAGUUUGUUCGUCCGUGGCAUGAAGCUACACAACCGAGUCUCAAAGUAGAUGAUGCAUCACUAGUUUCUUUACCAAU